AUGGGUAGUAUAUAUCUGCAGGAUGGAACGAACGGGGAUGUACUCAUGGGUCGUGUUGGCCGCUUCCUUCAUGACCAUGAUGUUUGGCCCCAGCGUCAACUAUGCCACCGGUGUGCUACACGUGGCCCUGUUGACAGAGUUUGACGAGGACCUGGUUCUCACAACCUGGGUUGGAUCCAUCUUCGGCUGCAUGUUUGCCCUGGCAGGGCCUGUGGCUAGCUUUGUAAUCAACGUGUUUAGCUGCAGAACAUGCGUGGUGAUGUCGGGAAUCGUAAUGCUGGUUGGAUUUGCGUGCAGCUGUCUGGUGGCAGAUAUACGACUGUUGUUCAUGACAUAUGCUGUUGUGGCAGGUUUAGGCACGUGUCUGUCAGGGACCGGGGCAAUCGUUGUUCUUGGAUACUACUUUCCUAACAACCCAGCUGUUGCUCAAGGGAUAUGCGUCACUGGGGCAGGACUAGGCAUGUUUGUACACCCAGUCUUAGUUCAGUAUCUAUUAGAUACCUACGGAUUCCAUGGGGCCUUUCUAAUAACUGGAGGAAUAACAUUUCAUACCUGUGCAACUGGUAUGCUGAUGCGGCCCUCUGUGAUUGAGAAAAAUAAAAAAAGAGAUGUUUCUGGAGGUGGACAACUCGGGAGAAAAGUAAUACUCUUACUGUGUGGGGAUUGUUCCAGGAUUGGGAAAGUCGUCAAGAAUAUAUCAUUCCUAUUUUUUGCUUUCAGUAUUUUUUGUUUUGCUCUUGGUUUAUCAUCAGAAUAUCUUUUUCUCCCGGACUUUUUCAUGAAACAAGGAGCGACGUUCCAGGACGCUUCCCUCGUGAUAUCAUUGUCCGGCAUAGGGAGCGUUAUCUCGCGUAUUCUCACGGGAAUUGCUUCGGCUGACGAGAAGAUUGGCGGUGCAAUAUUGCAUACAUCUACCGCCAGCAUCAUGGCGUUAUUCACACUUUUUGUGCCAUUAUUUCAAUCUUCUUCGUAUCUGCAAAUUCUCUUUGGCUUUUUCCUCGGAUUAUACACAGGUGGCGUUUGGGUACAUAUGAAUACACUAACACUUGACAUUCUGGGACUUCAAAACUUUGCCACUGGUGUAGGUGUGGUUAUGUUCUUCUGUGGAACCGGCUACUUGAUUGGACCCCCGAUUGCAGGUGCAAUUUUGGAAGCGAGUGGUGAUUACUACAACGUCUUCUUGUUCUCCGGUGCAAUGAUGUUCUUGGCCUCUGCAUUAGGGUUCCUUUCAACUCCAAAGGAAAAUACCCGGAAAUCUCUGCAUGGUACUCCAACAGAACUGAAUGUGUACCGUGAAAAGUGCGAUGGAGCUGCAGUAGCAGAUGUUACAGAAAACCUGUUGUCUCCAGAACGAAGAGAACAAGAGCAUCAAUUACAUGAUGAACAUAUAUGAAACUAAUGAGUGUAACUUACUUCCUUUAUCAAUGACAUGACAUGGUGAUAACCAUAUGCUAAUCUGUGAACAGAGAAAGCAUGUGUAGACAAGUAGAUACAAGUGAAUAGCCAUGUCACAGCCGUCCAUCAGCAGGCCAGUAGUGUAUGGACGAAGAAUGGGUUCAGUAUGUAUCUGUUCACUCUUUGUUAAUAAACUAAUUUUAUAAUCA